UGACAGUUAUCGACAGUUAUCGCAGUUAUCGUCGACUGUAUUGUUGUGUGCAUUGAGUGACAGACAGACAGUCAGUGACCACAAGAAUGAGUGAAUCACUGGUAGUGGAGAACAACCGUCUGAUCCGUGACUUAAUGUUCGCGAAGAAAGUCAUCAAAAGUCUCGAAAAUAUCACGACUUUUGCCAUUCAGUUGACACAAGAGGUCGACGGCGACUGCAAUCCAGAGACGGUUCAGCGGAUCCGCACAGACAUCGACGCACACCUCAAGACUUACCACUCACUCAAAGAUAAUAUCACUCGCGAUGUGGAGGACGUGGAGCCCGCGACCAGUGACAAAAAUAGCGACAAAUGCGGUGAUAAUGAAGAAGUGGCGGAGAAGUCACUAAUCGAUGCCAUGAAGACUAAGAUGAAUGCAUUGACAGCCCGUAAGACACCGACUCGUAAGCCGAAGCCGUGUCACAUAACAGGCCUCCCGACGCCCAUCACAUGCGUUGAGUGCCAAACAGUCUUUACGAGUGGCCACGAGUUUGUCACUCAUAUUACCGGCGCGAAGAUCACCACUAAAUCCGUGAACCCGUUGACGACAACUAAAGCGACGAAUAAAUACAAGUCUUCGGCAAAAGCGACAAAAAGGACUCAAACCAAACCCAAUACCAUCUUCGAGACCAUCGAUGGCAAUGACGUCGCCUCCGAGCACUCAUCAGUGGUGCCGAUCGUCUGCAUACCCGGCGGCUACCGGUGCGGUCACCCGGACUGCGACUACGCGGCCACCACCCGGCGCUUCAUUCACAUGCACUACACUAUCCAUCAGACAGGCGCCCGUCCCUUCCGGUGCGGUGUCGACGACUGCGAGCUGUCGUUCCGGACGGAACACAUUCUGCGCAGCCAUCAGAUGGCUGUCCACCCGGAGGACACGAAAGAGCUGACGGGUCGGCGAUGGAUAGUCUGUCACAGGGAUGGCUGCAAAUACCGGACCAAAUCCCAGGCCAAUUGGGUCGCACACAACCGCAUGCAACAUACCGGUGCGGAACAGGCGGUUAGGUUUACGUGCGAUGUAUGUCAUAAAAGUUAUAGUCGACAGCGAGUGCUGGACGAGCACAAGAAGUUGGUGCAUACUGGUGCCGAUGACCGGGACCUGUUUGCCUGUCAUUAUUGUUUCCGACGCUAUAAAACACAAUCGGCACUCAAAUCACAUGUCAUUCAAAAGCAUCAAAACCUGUUAUCUGUAAGCGUUGACGAGUCUGAAGAGGUUGAGGAUCAGCUCAUGGAUGCUAACGAUGAGAGCACAGGUAGCCACGCGAUUGACUCACAAUUGGAUGAUAGCGUAGGUUUAGCACAGGUAUCACACGAUUUGAGUGAGGGUUUGGACGCGACUACUGAGCAAAUGGAUGCGACAAUUGAUGACAACUCAGGGGACGAUCAGUUGGCACCGGGAGGGACGGAUGAAACCCUGGAUAUACCCAUAUUUACGACCUCCCGGGGCUUUGAGUGCGGAUACCCGGCCUGUAACUACUCGUCGAAACUCCGGCGGAAUGUCAACUCCCACUUCACGGUCCACCAGACC